AUGAGUCAUGCGCUUCUGGCGGAAGAGACGGAAGCGCAAGGCAAGUCACAGCAUGACUCACAUCCACUCAUCAAGUAUCCAACAAAAAAACUUAAAAGACGCUGUAUCGCUCCCUCACCCCUCAUCCAUACAACACUCCCAGGGCAGGCUUCUUCCUCCACAUACAAACAGACACCGGAUACACUACAUCCAUCAUGUCUGCUUGAAUCGAAGAACCCAGGCUACUUUCAACAACCCAAGUUUAAAAAAUGGCAUUCUUCUACGGAACAGGCUCAGGACACGUCGGGAAUGAUGUUGAUUGAUCCAGAAAGCGCCAUCGACUACACCCAGAUCUUUGCUCGCCCUACAGGUGCGUCUGCUUUGCAGCGCAUAGGGUCGGCUGAUCUGGGGUAUGUCGACGAAAAGACAACGUACAUGGAUACACCCAUGACAGAGGCUAGCUGGUUCACAGCACCUCAAGACUAUGACUUCGAUGCAAAGGAUGGGCAUUUCUCUGGCUCUGAAGCGAGCUCAUUGCAGAGCUCACCGGAUGCCCUCCAACAACCUCUCCCCUUCGAGUCGCUAGAACUCGAAGCGCCAGCAUUGCGCGGGCCAGGGUUUGAUGUGGACACAAUGUUUGACUGGGACCAAGCAGACGCGUUGCUCGUGGAUGGUCAACUACCAACCAUGUCGACUUUGGCCUUUGAACGCGCCAUGGCAGAUCAAUUCAGCUUGGCUGGCUCGACCAUUUAUGCAACAAGUCUGCAAGCAACGUCCAUGCAGCAUCAACUGCGACAGCAGCGAGAACAAGCCGAUGUGCCACCACAAACGUUGAGUCCUGCACAGAGCACGCUCUCCUAUUCUCGCGAAAGCAGCAUUGCCGAUGCGGAGGAGCCCGUCUAUGAGGAACCCGGACAAAAGCUCAAAAAGACACGAGUGAGCAGCGACGAAGAGCCAUUGACGCAAUGCCACAAUUGUGGUGUGACCAAGACGCCACUCUGGCGACGCACGCCGUGUAAGCGACACUCUCUCUGCAAUGCGUGUGGGUUGUACCUCAAGCAGUAUAAUCACGAUCGUCCCCUCAACCGCGUCCAACGCCAACUCACCACCAAAAUUGAGGAAGGCACAACGCCGACUGUUUGUACCAACUGCAGUGGUACGCAAACGUCGCUUUGGAGGAAAGACGAGAAUGGUGCGAUUGUAUGCAAUGCAUGUGGAUUGUACAGCAAGUUGCAUGGCAAGGCAAGGCCUGUUGGCAUGCGCAAAGAAAAAGUGUCUCGACGCAAGCGAUUUAGGAACUUGCCACCGAGCCCCACAACGGAAGCGGCAGCUGCUGCAGCGGCGGCUGUUGUUGCUGCUUCGUUGCGAUUUGUGCAAGAGAAGGAAGACUCUGCAUCGCCUCAUAGUACAGUGUCGACAAGCACACAGCUUCCUGUUGCUGCUUGA